AUGGGAGCGGUUUUCUGGUUGGGUAACGACACCCUGCGAGUGUCUGCCGAACUUUUCGCAGAGAACCGCCGGCGUCUGUGCCUCGGCUUGAAGGCCAAGGAGGGCGUCGAAGCCUGCUCGGUCGUGGUGCUUCAGGGCGGCGAACAACAGCAGCGGCACUGCACCGACACGGACGUCCUCUUCAGACAGGAGUCUUUCUUCCAUUGGGCCUUCGGAGUGACUGAAGCUGACUGCUAUGGAGCCAUUGAAGUGGACUCGGGGAAAUCCAUCCUGUUUGUUCCGAAACUGCCUCAGAGCUACGCCACUUGGAUGGGAGAGAUUUAUUCCAAAGACCACUUCAAGAAGAAGUAUGCUGUGGAUGAAGUGUGCUAUACCUGUGAUAUCGCAGAAGUCCUGACGAACCUGAAACCAUCUGUGCUGCUUACACUGCGUGGACAGAACACAGACAGCGGGAGCGUCAGCCGUGAAGCCUCCUUUGAAGGAAUUAGCCAAUUCCAGGUGGACAACAUGUUGCUGCACCCAGUCAUCGUGGAAUGCCGCUUGAUUAAGACGGACAUGGAGCUGGAGGUUCUGCGGUACACCAACAAGGUGUCCAGUGAAGCCCACAAGAUGAUUAUGAAGAGUGUGAAACCCGGACAGAAAGAAUAUGAAAUGGAAAGCCUGUUCCAGCACUACUGCUACUCGAAAGGAGGGAUGCGCCACACUUCGUACACGUGCAUCUGCGGAACGGGCAACAAUUCCUCAGUUCUGCACUACGGUCACGCUGGGGCUCCAAACGACAAAACCAUAAUGGACGGUGACAUCUGCUUGUUCGACAUGGGUGGCGAAUACUACUGCUACUCGUCAGACAUCACGUGCUCCUUCCCCGCCAACGGGAAGUUCACCACUGACCAGAGGGCCAUAUACGAGGCUGUCUUGAAGGCCUCCAGAACAGUCAUGGCCGCCAUCAAACCAGGUGUGAAGUGGACUGACAUGCACCGUCUGGCUGACCGGGUCCACUUGGAGGAACUGGUGAAGGUGGGCAUCCUGAAAGGCAGCGUAGAAGACAUGAUGAAAGUCCACCUGGGUGCCAUUUUCAUGCCUCACGGUCUGGGACAUCUGCUGGGGAUCGACGUGCACGAUGUGGGCGGCUACCCCGAGGGCGUCGAGCGUAUCAACGAGCCCGGCUUGAAAAGUCUACGGAUGGGUCGCCUGGUCCAGGAGCGAAUGGUGCUCACUGUGGAGCCUGGCAUCUACUUCAUCAACCACCUGCUAGAUCAGGCCAUGGAGGACCCUGCGAGGAGCUGCUUCAUCAACAAUGAAGUUCUCAGUCGUUUCAGAGGAUUCGGCGGCGUUCGCAUCGAGGACGACAUCGCCGUCACCGCGGACGGCAUUGAACUGCUUACCUGCGUCCCCAGGACCGUGGAAGAGAUCGAGGCCUUCAUGAGCAACUCGGAUAAUAAGCAUUUCAGCCAAAAAUUCUGA